ACCCUCCAGUUUCUAAGAUCCACCCAACUUCACACUCCUUAGAUUCACCCAACCAAGCUGAACCAGUAUAAAUACGAUUACCUCUUCCUUCUUCUGCCAUAUUAAUUAGACACUGUUCAAGUACUCUCUCCAUAUAGUGUAUCAUUGUUUCCAACACAAACAACUCUCUUAAACUCAGAGCCAAACCCUAUUUUGCAGCAAUCAAGUUCUACUACUCUCUCUCACACACACACAUACAUAUUAUGGCACCUCAUGGUGAGUCUUUGUCAAGCUCUUUCUCUAGGAACAACAACAUAUCAAAGCCUCCGAAGCUCUCAUCCGACAACCUUCAAAGAACUAUUUCUGACAUCUCCUUUGAAUUGGCAAAAGAAGAGAUCGAUGAUUUGAAGCUGCCAGCGAUAUCUGAGGUGGAGAAUGCCAAGUGUGAGUGCUGUGGCAUGUGUGAGGAGUGCACGCCCGAGUACAUAGAGCGCGUGCGUGACAAGUUCAACGGGAAGUGGGUGUGCGGGUUGUGUGCUGAGGCUGUGAAGGAAGAGUUGGAGAAAAAUGGAGGGAAGAAAGAUGAGGCCUUGGGUGCACACAUGAGUGCGUGUGUUAGGUUCAACAAAUAUGGAAGGGCUUUCCCUGUUCUGUUUCAGGCUCAAGCCAUGAAAGAGAUGCUGAAAAAGAACACCAUAGAUGGAAGAAUAAGGGCUAAGUCCAUUAGCCCUAGGGACAAAGUUGCAGGGCCAAAGAAAGGAGGGAUUGCUCGUAGCUCCAGUUGCAUUCCAGCUAUCACAAGAGAGAUCAAUGAUAUCAAAAUCGCCAAUUGAUCAAUCAUGUAUUAGCAAUUUUUGUUUUUAUAUAUAUAUAUAUAUAUAUAACUAGAAAAUAUAACUCUCCCUUACUAUGUCACUUUUUAGGAAUAAAGUAGUACCUUCCAUCUGACUUCAUGUCCAAAUUGAAAAUUCAACACCCAUGCUAACAGCUUUCGGUUGAACUAGUGUAAUUAAGGGGACAUGAUCUUUAAUUAGGUGUUUUGUUUAUUUUUAUUGGCUGACUACUCUAGCUAUAGCUAGGACUUCCAUUGAAUCUGUAAGUAUUAAUGAAGAACCCCACGCACAUCUUGUUGAUCUGGUUGGUGAUGCUUCCAUUGCUGUCUUUCGGGAUAAAAUAUGGCCUUAUGUCGAAGAAGACCGAAGUUGACUUCUGAGGUUUUUUUGGUUUAGUACCUUUCACACCUUAUAGGGUGGUUUCUUCUGAGAUAUUGUUUGUGUUUCCUUACUAGAGAGGGUUCUUUGUUUUUUGUUCAGUGGUUUCUCUGUUUAUUUUGUAAUUUUGUGAGAUGUAUUCUACGUAUUACCAAUCAUAUGAAGUGGAAUAAAUUAAUUACCAAACA